AUGAGGCUGGAUACGGUGCCGUCUGGGCAGACAAAAGGGACACGGCAAGGUGCAGGACCGCAGCUUCUCAGCGAAGGGGGAGAGGUACGUGUCACAUCCCAGCCAAGCUGUCAGUCCAAGCCCAAGAAGGUCGGUGAUAUUUUGGAACUAGCUGAGGACUCCGUCGAUCAUCUGGGAAAAGAAUGUUGCAUGCAGGAUAAUGCUUUAACUUUCCGAAGCCUGUGCAUGGGUUUUGAAAGGAAGGUGACCAUCACCUUCUGUGAUCUGGGUAUUUUCUUGUGUACACCUCCGCUAGCCUGUAAAGCAGCUCUCCUGCUCACUGCUAUGACCACUCCACUGGAAGAUGCAAUGGACACCUUGAUUAGGAUUUUCCAUCACUACUCGGGCAAAGAAGGAGACAGGAACAAGCUCAGUAAAGGAGAACUCAAGGAGCUCCUCACCAGUGAGCUCACUGAUUUCCUUUCAGGCCAAAAGGACCCCCUCCUGGUCGAUAAAAUUAUGAAUGACCUGGACUCCAAUAAGGACAAUGAAGUGGAUUUUAAUGAAUUUGUCAUUCUGGUUGCUGCUUUGACAGUGGCAUGUAAUGAUUUCUUUGAAGAACAGCUAAAGAAAGAGGAAUUUUAA